GGCAUUCUAAACUCAGUAAACCACACCUCUCCUAUAAUAGCAGUGGAAGCUGUCUCAACCUCCUUCUGCGCUGAUCAGAAUUAUGGACUCUCAAGCCUCUCUUACCAGGAUGAAAUGUCAGAGCCUCCAUUUCAGAUAGCUUCAAUGGAUGAAAAUGGAAUCCUCAAUAUAUGGGUAGUUGUUGAGUUACAAAAAGUGGAUUUAGCUGGUUCACAAACUGAUUUAGGUUUAGUUCCUGGAGGAAAAGUGAAGUUAGUACAUAGCUCGACUAUGGACUUGAAUAACAGCCUUUUCCCAAAGGAUGUGCGCCAGAGAAUGCCUCAGGCACUGACCAUUAAAUUUCUGUCUUCUAAUCCUAAUAAUUUCAUUGUUGGAACAAACAUUGGACUGGUAGGCCAUGGUACAAGACAUGAUUUAAAAGUUUUUCCAAAGCUAUUCAAACCCAAGGAGAGCGGACUGAGAUCAGUAAGCAUCAAUGCAAUUGAUUUCUUCCCUUUUGGAGAGCCACUAUUCUUGGUUGGCUGUUCAGAUGGAAGUAUCCGAUUGCACCAAAUUGCAUCAGAGUAUCCCCUCAUGCAGUGGAAUGACAGCACAAAUGGGCAGCCAAUAAUUACCCUGCAGUGGGCUUUAACAAGACCUGCUGUGUUUUUUGUUCUGGACGCAUCAUCUAAUAUUUACAUUUGGGAUCUUCUGGAAAACGAUUUGUUGCCUGUGGCAAAACAGGCUAUUCCAGAGAAUGUUGUAACUAUGGCUCUGCUGGGAGAACCAGAAAAAACAAAUGGAUUGUUAGGCAUUGUGCUGGCCCAGGAGUCUGGAGAGAUAGACAUUCAGUAUGUAAAGAAGAAGUGGGCAUUACCUCAGCCUGAGGAAUCUGAAAAACUACAUCUCAUUUUACUGCAGUCUUUCUAGAAACAGGGCACCUGUAUCUGGUUGUGCAAAUCAGUGCAAUAUAUUUAGGUUAUUUUUAACCUCAAUUAAAAGAUUUGUAAUGUAA